GCCCCGCUGAAGUUCAAAUGUUGUUGUUGUUGUGUGGCGGCGGCGGCAACAUGGCGGACUCCAGCCACGGCAAGGAAAAUAUACUUGAGGAAGGAGCGAGUCGCAGGAACAGUCGACGAUCCUCCAUAUUGAAAGAUCUCCCGGACAGGAAGCCCCUCGAGUGCAUACAGAGUAACACACUUCAGCGGCGGUCACUCAAGAGAGUUUCCUUCGCUGACACCAACACCAUCAAGGAGUUCCUGGCAACAAUGGAAAUGACAGAGUGGAACAGCACGUACGAGAUGCCAAUUGCUCACGACUCUUCCACCUCGAUGGACAUAAGUGUAGCAGAGAAAUCGAUGAGAGUAGAUGAUGAUGAAGAUAAUGAUGAGGAUAACGAGAUGGUGCCACAUCUGAGCAGUGUCGACCAGGUGAGUACGGAAGAAAGUGGUCUCGGGUCUAACACAGUUGAACAGUUGAUGAAAUCCACUCCAGUCUGUGGUCCCCAGACAGGCCAGCCUUCUGCUCAAGUAUCCGAAGAGAUAGCCGACUUGAGAAACUUCAUCGCCAAUUUACUGGAUAUAAAAUCUCCAACUGCAACUUCAGAUGAAAUGCACAAAGGUGCGGAUGUAGGAACAAUGUUUCCAACUAGUCGGGCAGCUGUGGUGACCCGAGAUGACCUAACCCAGAAGGUCAGUACCGACAUGGAGAUGACCUGUCCUGUGAGUCAGGCAGCUGUGGUGACCCGAGAUGACCUAACCCAGAAGGUCAGUACCGACAUGGAGAUGACCUGUCCUGUGAGUCAGGUUGCUUUGGUGACCCGAGAUGACCUUACACAGAAGGUCAGUACCGACAUGGAGAUGACCUGUCCUGUGAGUCAGGCAGCUGUGGUGACCCGAGAUGACCUAACCCAGAAGGUCAGUACCGACAUGGAGAUGACCUGUCCUGUGAGUCAGGCAGCUGUGGUGACCCGAGAUGACCUAACCCAGAAGGUCAGUACCGACAUGGAGAUGACCUGUCCUGUGAGUCAGGCAGCUGUGGUGACCCGAGAUGACCUGACACAGAAGGUCGGUACCGACAUGGAGAUGACCUGUCCUGUGAGUCGGGUUGCUUUGGUGACCCGAGAUGACCUUACACAGAAGGUCAGUACUGACAUGGAGAUGACCUGUCCUGUGAGUCAGGCAGCUGUGGUGACCAGAGAUGACCUUACACAGAAGGUCAGUACUGACAUGGAGAUGACCUGUCCUGUGAGUCGGGUUGCUUUGGUGACCAGAGAUGACCUUACACAGAAGGUCAGUACUGACAUGGAGAUGACCUGUCCUGUGAGUCAGGCAGCUGUGGUGACCAGAGAUGACCUUACACAGAAGGUCAGUACUGACAUGGAGAUGACCUGUCCUGUGAGUCAGGCAGCUGUGGUGACCAGAGAUGACCUUACACAGAAGGUCAGUACUGACAUGGAGAUGACCUGUCCUGUGAGUCAGGCAGCUGUGGUGACCCGAGAUGACCUUACACAGAAGGUCAGUACUGACAUGGAGAUGACCUGUCCUGUGAGUCAGGCAGCUGUGGUGACCAGAGAUGACCUUACACAGAAGGUCAGUACUGACAUGGAGAUGACCUGUCCUGUGAGUCAGGCAGCUGUGGUGACCAGAGAUGACCUGACACAGAAGAGCAAUAUAGUCAAGUAUAUACCGUGUUCUGUAAGUCAGGAUACUAAGCUAGUACAAGGUAACUUAACUCGGAAGGCUGCAACAGCAGAAUGCAAGUCACAGCAGGAAAAUUCAGUAGCCGUCACUCUACUAGCGCAGGCAUCAUCCCACGCAAGCCAAGAGGACGUCGUCACUAACGGUUCCUUUGCAUCUCGGCCCACGGAAAUACUAGGCGGUGCAGAUGCUGCAACUUUUACCAGCUUUAACCACAAGGAAGGUGACAGCAGCAAAAGAGUGUGCGAUUCAGAGAGUGCACCGAGUGAUCUUGAGGAGAACGCUAUUCGGAUGUCUCUUGAACCUGAAUUUAAGAAGUUCAAGGCCUCUACAAAGGACACCCACACACCAGCUGCCAUUGGCCAGGUGUGCAGUGUGUAUUCUUCAGAUGUUGGCUGCUUUCCCGACUCCGGUGUUGAUCUGUCAUCGGCACAGUCUGGCGUCUCUACCUCGUUUCCAUUUCUGUCUAAUCCUCUCUCUGUAUCCUUGUCCCACAGUGUCCAUAACCCCACCACCCCAUCCCACAGUGUCCAUAACCCCACCACCCCAUCCCACAGUGUCCAUAACCCCACCACCCCAUCCCACAGUGUCCAUAACCCCACCACCCCAUCCCACAGUGUCCAUAACCCCACCACCCCAUCCCACAGUGUCCAUAACCCCACCACCCCAUCCCACAGUGUCCAUAACCCCACCACCCCAUCCCACAGUGUCCAUAACCCCACCACCCCAUCCCACAGUGUCCAUAACCCCACCACCCCAUCCCACAGUGUCCAUAACCCCACCACCCCAUCCCAGACUGUCCAUAACCCCUCCACCCCAUCCCACAGUGCCCAUAACCCCACCACCCCAUCCCACAGUGUCCAUAGCCCCUCCACCCCAUCCCACAGUGCCCAUAACCCCACUACCCCAUCCCACAGUGUCCAUAACCCCUCCACCGCAUCCCACAGUGUCCAUAACCCCACCACCCCAUCCCACAGUGUCCAUAACCCCACCACCCCAUUCCAUACUGUCCAUAACCCCUCCACCCCAUCCCACAGUGCCCAUAACCCCACCACCCCAUCCCACAGUGCCCAUAACCCCACCACCCCAUCCCACAGUGUCCAUAGCCCCUCCACCCCAUCCCACAGUGCCCAUAACCCCACUACCCCAUCCCACAGUGUCCAUAACCGCACCACCCCAUCCCACAGUGUCCAUAACCCCACCACCCCAUCCCACACUGUCCAUAACCCCACCACCCCAUCCCACACUGUCCAUAACCCCACCACCCCAUCCCACAGUGUCCAUAACCCCACCACCCCAUCCCACAGUGUCCAUAACCCCACCACCCCAUCCCACAGUGCCCAUAACCCCACCACCCCAUCCCACAGUGUCCAUAACCCCACCACCCCAUCCCACAAUGCCCAUAACCCCACUACCCCAUCCCACAGUGUCCAUAACCCCUCCACCCCAUCCCACAGUGCCCAUAACCCCACUACCCCAUCCCACAGUGUCCAUAACCCCUCCACCCCAUCCCACAGUGUCCAUAACCCCACCACCCCAUCCCACACUGUCCAUAACCCCUCCGCCCCAUCGCUAGCCCUCGCUGAGCCCUCGCUAGACAAUACAGCAUACGGGUUAAGGGAGUCAGGGUCAGAUAAAGAUGAAGAUAACUGUACCGAGGAAAUACUUGAUGAUAUCAAUGUUUCACUUGUGAGUGUGGCAGACAAUAGCACAGAGAGCGUGUCCUCGCCCCCGGCCGCGGCCCAGAAGUCCCCGCCGCGGCCAACUCCAAACACGAUACAUUCCAAAGGAGUUCACGACUUGAAACUAAGCCGUCGAAAGUCGUUGGCCGAUUAUGUUGACGAAUUGGAGCCGUUGAUAUCGUCUGUUAUAGAACUAGCUGAUAAGAUGGAGACGAGUCAAUCUGAUAUUUAUGAACUUCAAGAUUCAAUGUUGAGUCAUUCCUUCCCACUUUUAAAUAAACUCACUAACUUGUCAAUAAGUCAGCCAGAAGGCUGCAAUACAGAGCAAUACCUACCAGAGUCAUCAUUGCAAACCCAAAACUGCAUUGCUAGCACAUCAGAGGCAGAACAAGGAGAAAUGUCAGUGUUGUCGACCUCGAACUUGAAUCACAGCUCUUAUUCAGUGGGAUCUGUUAGUGUUGAACAGCAAAGUUUUGCAAGUAGGCUAAGCUUGCUUACUGACAAUAUUUCAUUAACUGGAACAUGUGAGGGAUCAAGCUUAGCAAGUGAAUUGCACAUGCCUCUCACCGAAACCAGCAGUUUAUCUCGUCCAGUGGACAAGUCGGCACUGUGCAUCCAAAUGGAAGAGCGUCGGAAACAAGAUGACAUUGACGAAGCGGAAGUUGGAGAGUGCUCUGCCUCCCCAUCUAUGAAUGAGGCAACAAGUGAUGCAGUUGAGGUGAGGCAGCAGCAGCAGCAGUGUGAUGGUGGGUGCUGCCUCCUUCCUGGCUCCCUCCUCUGCCCGCCCAGGGGAGAUCCAUGGAUAAUGAUGGACGCACCACAGGACGAGAGACGUCUGAAGCUGCAACACAGCCCUCUGGAGUUGAGUCUUACUGUGCUACACUUUGGCAAGCAUCUGACUGUCAACACUGCCAACUGGAGUCCACAGCCAUCCAAGAUGAAAAAUGCAUGUGGGAAGCUAGCGUUGAGCACGGUGGGCUGUUACGUGGCAGCUGCCGUGCCCAAGCUGUGUGGCCUGACCUUGUGCGAGAUGGGUGAUGCUCUGGCCGACAUCUCUGCCGCUUUCCAGCACAGCUUCAACCUCAUCAUUGAACUUCAACUACUGGCAGCAUCAUACUUAACCUCUUUCCUGCCAGACAGUGUAAAGGUGACUCUGUUCAAGUAUGAAGCCCACGUUAGGAUGGAUGUGGUAAUCCGCUUAGAGCCACCACAACCCACCCUAGACCAGCCCUACACGCUCCAUCCCUCGGCUACCAUCAAGGCUGGUAAUCUCAGCCGGCAGACCGUGGAAGAAGAGAUGGCGAGAGUGAGUCCGGGUCCACGACAGUUGCUGAGGAUGGUGAAGGCUGUCGAUGCUCUCAUACAGAGUCUACCCUGCAGAGUGUAGCACCUGUAAGGUCUCUCUCUCUACUGUAUUGUCUUAGAUAUAUUUGCUCAUCAUUAUUGUGGUUCUUCAACACAACUGGGAUUUCACUGCUUGUAAAGGCCUUUUUUAAUUCCUUGCCUUUUUCUCCAAAGGCAAGAAUAAGUCCAGUCUAAAAGGUUCAGCAGUUUUCUCCCAACUUAGUUAUAAAUGCCAGUGCCAAUACACACUUUGUCAAAUAUUUUUUAUAUGUAAGCUUUAUCCAGUAUAUAUAUAUACAGUAUAGAAAAGAAACAUUUGCCCAUUUUGAGAUCAUAUACUAGUACAAUAUUUAGUCUUCAUCCAAUACAGUAAUGUACUUCACUACUGUUCUCACAAAAAAUCAACCAUCCAUAUAGUGAACUACUCUUAACCUUACUUAAAUUUCCUUUGUUUACCAUUAAUAAAACACUAUUGUAUGGCCUUUUUCCGAGGGAAUAAUCCUUUUUUUUUGUACUUUAUAUUCUUAAUGUUUAUCAAGAUUUUGCUUUAGAUCUGUAAUAAAAAUAUAAAAAUCA